GCGACAGCCUGCCCUGGCAGCCCAGAACAUCCAAGUUAGCGACCUGUACACCUCUUGACAGCAUGUCGCAAACAACACGGCCACCAGAGACGGCCAACAUGGCCAGCAGCGGCAACGAGGAGCAGAAGCAGCCGCCGCCGGAAACGAAGCAGAGUCUCUGGCUGCGGCGAGCAGUCAUCGCAUCCUUCUGGGCUGUCGUGGCCUUCCUGGGCCUCCCCGUCUGGUACAAGACGACGGCCAUAUAUCGCGCCGACCUUCCCUUGCAGGAUAUGACAGCAUGGGCAAAUGGCCAGGUCUGCAAGCCCGUCUUUCCCCUCCACAUCGCCGUGCAAGCCCCGCUGCUCGCCCAAGAUGCGCACCAUCUCCUCCACGCCACGCAGCAGACCCUCGACGACCUGAGCGACUUCCCUGCCCACCAACUGCACCUCGCAUUCGCCGAACCGCCACCGCCCGCCAAUGCCUCACAACAAGUCACCGCUGACGGCUCGGGUCCAGCAGACCUUGACGACACGGUGGCUCUAUCUGUACGCUUGAUACCUGUAGAAACGGGUGUCACACCUCGUUCCCAAUUGCAACCCUUCUCGGCCACCCUCGACGUAUAUUAUCAGCUUAGCCAGAUACCCACACAGUCCUCGACCAGCUCGCCACUUACAACCUUCAUUGCCCAUGAGUUACACCAGUUGUAUGCGCAGGAACGCGUGCGUUUGUCUAGCUUGUACUCAGAUGCAGCCUCCCAGAGCAAAUCGCUGUCGCCCGAGCUUACAGCUCAGCUUCAGCGAGACGCCACACGCGCAUUCAAGUAUGCGCCAACAUACCACCUGACCUUCUCCUUAUUUACGCCUACAUCGAGCCCGUCCGCCUGGGACAUUGAAACCGCACUGCGCCAGUACAUGAACCCUAUCCUAGAAUCUUUCGCCGGUAUCAGCAACUUUACCAUUGACACCCAGGUCCAACUCUACGCCAAUUUCUCGCCUUCCAUCCGACAGCCCGAGUACGAUGAGAAUACCAAAGCCUGGACCAUCUUCAAGGAAGACGUGAGCGGUUUCAUAAACGCCGCCGAAUGGCCUCUCAGCCCCAGCAUCGGUCAAGGCCCAACCAUCAACUUCGCCCUCUACGUCCCAGACGAGGUCCAGUCUCCUUUGUUCGUGAAGGGAAGCAGAGACAACAGCUGGCUGGUGCCCCAGUGGGGUGGAGUCAUGAUAUUAAAUGCUCAGUCUCACGAGACCACGUUGACGAAGGAAGCGCUCGUCCCGGCUAUGCAGGUCUUCUCGACGCAGCUGAGCUCCCUGCUCGGCUUGCCCCAGACCCCGGCUUCACUGCCCCUCCGGAUAUCCACGUUGACACGGAUUCACGCUACAUCACUCCUCUUCUCAGCUUCAUCUACGCUGGGAGCUCUCGCGCAGGUGUACCAGAAGAUGCCCACCAUUCCGGUCCCCGACACUGUCGCCAAAUCUGUCAAUUUGUCCCUUGCACACCUUCGUCAAACGUGCGAAUCCUUGCGAGACGGCCGUUUCCAGGACGCCUUGCAGAACGCGAGAACAGCAGACGGUGAGGCCGAAAAAGCCUUCUUCGAACGCUCGAUGGUGGGCCAGGUUUACUUCCCAGACGAGCAUAAGGUCGCUGUCUAUCUACCUCUUCUAGGCCCGGUGGCCGUCCCUCUUAUUAUGGCUGCGCUCAAGGAGGUAAAGGCUGGAAUAGCUGCUUUGAAGGGGAGAUGAUGGGUAAGACAAUGUGACUAAGAUAUAUCUAGAACCUGGCGGAGGCUGUGGAAUAAUGCGCAGUAUCUCCUUUGCAGAACCAUCGUGGCUGAGCGGUCGACCCCGAGAAUCACUCCUCUUGAUGGGCAGGCGGCAGUGUGGAGAGCCACCAGUGUCGUUCAGAGUAACCCGGGUUGCCCCAGGAUAGACACUAUAGCCGGCGAUAACAUCGAAGUCUUUGUCGAAUUAUUCGCAUGGCGCCGAAUGGCGCCCUAUAGUUCAAAAUCAUGACACUUUUGCGAGCCGGAAGGU